AUGAAGACGCUGCACUUGGCUCUGAUUCUGCUCUCGCUGUCCGGUGUUCUCACUCAGGACAGUAGAUGGGGUGUGAAUUAUACGGAUAAUCCGAUCUGUGCUGUGAGAGGAUUCAGUGUCUCCAUUCCCUGUAGUUAUUAUUAUCCAACAUCAAAUCCCAACAUUCAGGUGAAACAAAGGCUUUGGUGCUCAAUGAACUCAAACACAGAUUAUGGGUGUCAUGGCCCUCCGUAUGUUUAUGACAGCUCAUCAAACACCAAGUCAGACUUUGAGUACGUUGGAGACGACAAAUCAAACUGCACUUUGUUAAUCCACAAUGUACAGUUCAGUUAUUCUGGAGAGUACAAAUUCAGAUUUAUAACUGAUGAGCCCAGUGACAGAUGGACAGGACAACCUGGAGUGACUCUACAAACUGGAGAUUUAAAGGUGUCACUAAUCAGGCUCAGUGGAAACGGAACCCUUAAACAAGGAGACUCGUUAAAUCUGACGUGUGAUGUGAACUGCACACACAGUUCCUCACAGUUUGUGUGGUCUAAGAACAACGAGCAGUUAAACACAUCAGGACCCGUUCUUCACUUUCCUGCUCUAACCGUGAGGGAUUCUGGGAAUUACACCUGCACUUGGAAAACCAAGGAGACGUCAGGAUCUAAAACCAUCAGCCUUCAGGUCGAGGAUCCGUGGUUGAUCUGGAUGAUUGUUUUAGUGACAGCUGCAGUGAUUUUGAUCGUCAUCUUAGGAGCUGUGAUUUACAACAGGAGGAGGAAGUUUAAAGCUGCAGAAGAAAACAGGGGGGAAAGUGGAGAGAAAACACAGAAGAAGCCACAGUUACACCAAGGUUCUCAAGAUCUUUAUGAAGAAACGCUGAACAAAGAGGAAGUGACUUACGUGUCUGUCAGAAAAAAAGCAAAGACCAAAGGUUCGCUGGUCACAGCAGAUCUAAACCAAGUUCCUCAGUCUAGUGAAGUGUUAGACCAAGGAGGAGUGACUUAUGCGUCUGUGGGCAUCAAAACCAAAAAGAGAACCAAACAGCGUGUCCACACUGAGCAGCAGGAGGAGGACGAUUCUGUAAUCUACAGCACUGUGAAAACGGCCUGA